AUGUUGUUCCAGCAUAUCAUUCCUCUGGCGUUCGCCACUACUGUGUUCUCCACGCCCGCGCUCCUCGGGCGUCAGACCAACUACCCAUGCGAUGGCCUUGGCAGCGCGGCGUUGGAGACGGCAUACGACUUCACCCUCGCAAUUUAUAACGUCACAAACGGGGCCGUGUCGUCCAGCGGUGCCCCUGCAGCAUUAACUGUGGUGACAUUCUCGGAAGAGGAUAACAACGGUGCGGUUGUGGAGACCAACGGAGGGCUUACGACAUACGCUUCGUACCCGAACACCAUCUUCCCAGGUUUCUCUCUCAUCAACGGCACUCUGAUACCCUCAGGCUUGAACGGUGUGACGGCGUCCGACUUCUGGGUGUAUGCGGGCUCCGUCGUGUUGUUCGGGUGGAGCGAGCAGCCUGACUUGGUCGAACCUGGCGCUCCCAUAUACUGUGCUGUGCCCAACGCUGUAUCCGAAGUUCCGUACCCAGUGCUCGCCGUGAAUGCCGACCCGAGCAGCUUCUCUAUGUGCCUCACUACGGAUAGCGGUGCAGAAUACUAUAACAUUGUGUAUAGUGCAGAAGGAGGCAGCAAAUACUACAACUACGAUACUUGCUACCCUGUCACCGUGGUAUUACAAGGUCUGUCGGAAUCGUAG